AUUUUAAUCUUCCAGUUUGCAGUCAGCCUCCUAAUUAGUGUGGAUUUAAUACAUUUUUAAAAAUUUAUUUAUGUUUUGGUUUUGGCUAGUAAUUUGUAGUCUGAGUGGAGUCAUAUGUGAACAUUUCCUAGCUCAGGCUCUCUAUAAAUUUUUACCACCUGGUGCAGUGGGGAGAAAAGGUUCAGCUGGAGAUCCUGGUAAAAACAACUGGAGCUGCAUGUAAGAGUGGUGUUUGGCUAGGAUCUAUGUAAAUAUAUUGCUGGAAGUAUGAGGACUUGGAGACAGCCACUUUGCUGUGAGCUUCACUUGAAACCUCCAGAAAUGAAACCUAAGUGCUUUCCAUGAAGGAUAAAACCAGUCAUCUCUUCUGAGCCACCAGAGAUAAUGGAAGUGAAAGAAGUGAAGGAGUUAAAGAGCUGAAGGCUUUGUCACAUGCUCUCGGUUGGGGCAAUGUCCACUUUUACCCUGCUGGGGUUCUCAAGCCAGUCUUUGCUGUGAUGGUCCUCUGAGCAAUGCCUACCUGGGACAAGGCUGAAGAAUGAGAUCAGUGGCUCAAUAAGUGGUUGCCUUUGAUCCUGCCUGAGAAGUAAAUGAAAGAAAGGAGGAUAAAAAAAAAAAAAAAAAAAAAGGAAAGAAAAUCCCUGCCGAUCUGACUCAGCAUAUUUCACACUGUUAAGCUUUGAACUGUAAACACAGCAUUUGUACCUUUUGUAUACUCCACGUUCCCAGCCAGGACGCACCUUGGUACCACUUUUCAGCCCAGCAGCCUGCAGUAAGUCACCCCUUGAGCACUGCGAGUGAAAAAGCCACCUCGGGAGGUGAGGAGGAAGCCUGGAGGAUGAAGAGUGAGACACAGGGGGAGAGCAAGCACAUGGGAGAGCUCAAGAGGGGACAAGUCAUCCUUGUCACCUACCUGAUAGCAACCAUAGAGCUGACCUUCGUGUUCAUGCAGCUUGGAGUCAUGCCUUACUUGGCAAAGAGCCUGGGUUUGGAUUCGGUGGGGUUUGGCUACCUCCAGACAACCUUUGGUGUCCUCCAGCUCGUGGGAGGUCCCAUUUUCGGAAGGUUUGCAGAUCAGUUUGGUACCCGAGCUGCCUUAAUUCUCUCCUGUGCCUCUGGAAGUGUCUUCUUCCUGCUCCUGUCCAUCUCCACCAGCAUUCCCAUGCUCUUCCUCUCGAGGCUGCCAGCUGUGUUCAUGCAUGGGCUACCAGGUGCUCAGAAGGUUAUUACAGACCUGACAGCUCCUUCCCAGCGUGCUGAUGCUCUGGGGAAGCUGGGUCUUUGCUUCGGAAUAGGAAUCAUCAUCGGCUCUGCCCUAGGAGGGAUCCUCUCCACCAAAUUCGGCAUUUUUACUCCUAUAUAUGUCGGGCUGGUGGGAAGUCUCAUCAACACCAUGAUAGCAAUGGUUUGGAUCCCUUCACCAGCUAAAUCAAAGUCAGAACAUGGUGAGGCAGAGCACAGCACAUCACAGUCUGGCAGCGUGUUCAGCAUCAGAGAAAUCCUACGCCUGAUGAAGUUUCCGGGAGUAAUGGAAAUUUUCUUAGUCAAGGUCUUUUCUGGAUUUCCCAUAGGUUUGUUCCUGAUUAUGUUUUCCAUCAUCUCGAUGGAUUUCUUUGGCUUGGAAGCAGUGGAGUCUGGCUACCUGAUGUCAUAUUUUGGUGUCCUUCAAAUGGCCCUGAUGAGGACCGUGUGGCAUUACUGCAUCAUUGCCUUGCCGCUGGUGUUCGCCUUCAGCAUGCUGGGCACCAUCACCGACAGCAUCCUCACCAAGGCUGUCCCCUCCUCCGACACCGGUACCAUGCUGGGGAUCUGCGCGUCGGUCCAGCCCCUGACACGGACGGUGGGCCCAACCAUCGGCGGUGUGUUGUACAAACGAUUUGGAGUCCACUCCUUCGGUUAUUUGCAGCUAAUUGUCAAUAUUGUGUUGUUUGUUUACCUCUUAAAGAGUAAAAUCCCUCUGAGAGAGCAGAAAGCCCACUGAUUCAGAUACACCAAAGCUUCCCCCUUACUUUUCCCAUAGCAAUAAAGAAGACAGUGGCAUUGUGCUUUCUUUUUGAGGCCACAAAUGUGGAAUAAAGCACUUUCAACAGCU